UGUCUCUAUCCCGAUGUCCGGUAGUGAUGCUGGGUCUGUCCGGGCUUUGGAGGAUGCAGCAGGGCCGGAGAAGGAAGAUCGGGAGGUGAAAGACGGCGAAAACUAUGAUCGGAAGGGAUGAGGCGCGGAAAGCCUGCCUUUGUUUUUGUGCUUUCGGUCGUUUGACGUGAAAAUGAGGCGAAAAGCCGAAGGCCUUGUUCGUUUAUUGCCUCCCCGGAACUCUCCGUGACACCCAGUUGUGGUUAGGGAUGAUGACCAGCGUUUCUUACUCGUCUCGGUCGUCAUUGUAACGGAUAAACCGAAGCAGAGAACAGUGUGCCGUGUCAUGGGUUUCGUCUUCCAUUUCGCAUCAUCGCCACCUCCAUUCUCCCGCGUCGCUUCUGACAGGAAAUCAAGUUAAACGUCAUCGCCAGCAUCAGAACAUGAAGUCGUCGACAUUCCAGCCUCGCUCGUUGCCACUUUUUGUGGCGUGGUCGAUCCUGUGUCACUUCGGUUACGGUCAGUCCGUCCCGGACGCCCCGGGCCUUCCUGUCGCCAUCCGCGUCCCUCUUAGCCAAGGAGCUCGCUCCGAGCAACCGCCGCCUCCGGCCGGGAGGUUGGGUGGUCGCAGGCGGAGAGGAGUGACAGCAAGUGGGGUCAGCUUCGUGGACAUGCUCGAUAACCUGCGUGGGAAAUCAGGCCAGGGAUAUUAUGUGGAGAUGGCGGUGGGAUCACCUCCGCAAAAGUUGAACAUCCUGGUGGAUACAGGAAGCAGUAACUUUGCAGUUGGGGCGGCCGCUCACCCAUUCCUGCGCCGAUACUACCAUCGCUCCCUGUCAGCGUCUUACCGUGACCUUGGAAGGAGCGUGUAUGUUCCGUACACACAGGGCCGAUGGGAAGGCGAGUUGGGGACCGAUUUGGUCUCUGUCCCGCAUGGUCUUAACGCCACACUUCGUGCCAACAUUGCUGCAAUCACCCAGUCUGAUCGCUUCUUCAUCAACGGAUCCAACUGGGAGGGAAUCCUUGGACUGGCCUAUGCUGACAUAGCGCGGCCUGACGAAAGAUUGGAGCCCUUCUUUGACUCCCUGGUUCGCCAAACGCCCGUCCCAAACCUUUUCUCUCUCCAGUUGUGUGGAGCCGGCUUCACCCAAAACUACUCGCUGGGCAGUGCCGCUGUCGGAGGCAGCAUGAUCAUCGGAGGUGUGGAUCCAUCCCUCUAUGUGGGAGAGCUGUGGUAUACGCCCAUCCGUAGGGAGUGGUACUAUGAGGUGAUUAUUGUGCGUAUUGAAGUCAAUGGACAGGAUCUGAACAUGGACUGUAAGGAGUACAACUAUGAUAAGAGCAUUGUGGACAGCGGCACCACCAAUCUUCGACUGCCAAGAAAAGUCUUCCAGGCUGCAGUCAAGGCCAUUGAAGCAGCUUCCUCAACGGAACAAUUCCCCUCCGGGUUCUGGCUUGGCGAGCAGUUGGUAUGUUGGCAGGCUGGCACCACGCCCUGGCACAUCUUCCCAGUCAUCUCCCUUUAUCUGAUGAGUGAAAACCGAAACCAGUCUUUCAGAAUCUCCAUCCUUCCCCAGCAAUACCUACGGCCAGUGGAGGAUGUAGCUUCGGCUCAGGAGGACUGUUACAAGUUUGCUGUGUCCCCAUCAAGCACUGGGACGGUGAUGGGCGCGGUCAUCAUGGAAGGAUUUUACGUGGUAUUUGACCGAGAGAAGAGACGAAUUGGCUUUGCUGUCAGUACCUGUCAUGUUCAUGAUGAGUUCCGCACAGCCUCAGUGGAAGGCCCGUUCCACGGCAUCGACCUGGAGGACUGUGGCUACAACAUUCCCCAGACAGACGAGUCCACACUCAUGACUAUUGCCUACAUCAUGGCAGGUAUCUGUGCUCUCUUCAUGCUGCCACUGUGUCUCAUGGUGUGCCAGUGGCGCUUUGCCCGCUGCCUUCACCCACAAGGGGACUUUUCUGACGACAUAUCACUUCUAAAGUGAACCGGUGAACAGGAUAACUGACUCGUUAGAAUCGUGGCGGAAUGGAAUUGUACGAUGUUGCAAAGUGUGCAGGAAUAUAGUGAAUACUCUCUAAGGUGCUCUGAGAUUACACCGACUCCAUCUGACGCUCACUUUUGUUACCAGGAUUCCAUUUCUGGUGUAAUUUUCAGCCCCCAUAGCGUAGCUGGUGUUCAUGGUGACUGUGCCAUUGCUCAAAACUGGAGGCUAUUGGUGUGGCAAAUGUAAAAAAAAAAAAAAGAAGAUGCUCCAAUUAGGACAAAACUAAAACUUGAACUAUGAGUGCUUCAAAUAAGAUUGAGGAAAAAACUAAAUGAUAUGAGUAAGGUGAUGUACUUAUGCAGAUCAGUGUUAAGAUACGCAGGUUACCUUAAAAAAGAGAAAAUAAACUUUAUAUAUAACUAAACAAUUACAUUAUAUAACUAUUAUUAUAAAGAAUUUAUUAAAAACAAGAAGUAUUUAUUACACAUUGAACUCCAGAUAAAAUGCUUCAGUGCUCCAUGAAACGGAAAUGAUUUAAAAAUGUGUCAAAGUGAUUUGACCUGGAUGUUUACAGUCUAGGAAGCCAUAAUUGACAUUAUUCAUGAUGGCAUGAUUAAUGUUAAUGUGUGGUCCUGGUGUUGUUUUUAGAGCUACUGUUAUUGUUAUUACAAAAGGGAUGAUGAUCUAUUAAAAGACAUUAUUUUGCAAACUCCACCAAAGAAUUCUUAAUGCAAACUAUGUAAGCAUAAAACGUCAAAUUCUAUCAAAUGUAUUUGUUUUUGCUCGAUGUGAAACUGAAAACUACUGAACACUAUACGUAUCAGAUGUCACUCCUUGUACUGUAAGCUUAAAUGUAUCUAUUGUACAUCAAAAUUUAUUUGGCAGAUUAUCAGUUUGUGACAAAGUACACACAAACACAUGAUUAUUAUUAUUAUUAUUGCAUUGUUGCACAUGUUAUCAUCACAUUAAAUGUUACCAAUCUAUUACCUACAGGGCUUCUUUCAAUGACGCGGAAACAGACUAACUCAAUGCUGGAUAUCUCUUAAGAGGACUAUAUACAGAACACUAUGCUUGGAAAAGGAAACCAGCACAAAAUGUUCCUCACAUUAAAACCACAGCGUAACUCCCACUAGCUGUAAAUAGAGAAACUGAACCGUGUCUUUUGUCUGCCAGACACAUGUGGUACUGUUGUUCAAAUAAAGUACAUGUUCUGACUGUACUAUACAAUGUCAUAUUUAUUUAAUAUAUUUUCUUCCACUAAAACAUAAUAAUGACAAGAAGUGUAUGAGCAGGUACAGUAUGUGAUAAGCUCGAAACAUAUGCAAAUGUAUGAAAUGAAUAUACAAAGUAUUAAAAGUGGUCAUGGUAUAUUUUAAUCAUUUAAAUGAA